AUGCAGCCGAGUCAUUUUGAUUGCAAGCGCCUGGAUGGGCUCCUGUCGCGUCUCAAAGUGGACGAAGGUGACUUUGGAUACAUGAGCUGCGCUGUGUACGAUACUGCUUGGGUUUCUAUGGUUGCUAAGCCUACGGAUAACGGCAAGGUUUGGCUCUUCCCUGAGUGCUUUCGAUUUGUGCUGGAUACACAGCAAGCGGAUGGGAGCUGGCCCACGUACUCCGCGCCUGUGGAUGGCAUCCUGAACACAGCGGCCUCUCUUUUGUCCAUCAAGGCGCAUCAGGCCAAUUCCUACCAGCUAAAAGAGUACUCUUUUGCCUUGCUGGAAGAGCGGGUGACGAAGGGUGCGGUAGCGCUGGGAAAGUUGUUGCAAGCUUGGGACGUUGAAAACUGCGACCAUGUGGGCUUUGAAAUCCUGGUGCCGCGCAUGCUCUUUUUGCUUGAGGAGGAGGGCUUUCGGUUUGAUUUCCCCGGAAAGAGCGCUCUUACAAAACUUAACAAGCUGAAACUGGCUCGGUUUGACCCGGCAUAUCUCUAUGCUCCGGUCAAGCUGACAGCGGUACACUCUCUCGAAGCCUUUAUCGGACAGAUUGAUUUUGAUCGUGUCCGUCAUCACAAGACCAAUGGCGGGUAUAUGGGCUCGCCCUCGUCAACUGCUGCAUGCCUGAUGUAUGCCUCGACGUGGGAUGAGGAAUCAGAAGACUUCCUGCGUUGGGUAUUCAAGGCCGGCAGUGGGCAAGGCUCUGGUGGAAUGCCCAGUGCCUUUCCUUCAACGUACUUUGAAUUGACUUGGGUGCUUACUACUCUGCUCGAGGGCGGGUUUACUGUCAACGAUAUUGGAAAGGAUCGCGCAGAUAGAUUCGCCUCAUUUCUGCGACGGGCAAUAGACGCCCAGAGUGGUCGCCUGGGCUUCGCAUCGGGCAUGGAAGUCGAUGUAGAUGAUACAGCCAAAUCUCUCCUGACACUCAGUUUGCUCGGUCAUCCAGCAUCGCAUGAUGGCUUGUUGAAGACCUUUGAAGGCGAGACCCACUUCCGGACAUACAAGAAUGAGCGCAACCCGAGCUUAUCAGCAAAUUGCAAUACCUUGGUGGCUCUACUUCACCAGCCGGAUGUUGGUGCCCUAACACCGCAGAUAAUGAAGGCCGCCUCCUUUAUCAGUCGGGCCUGGUGGGAUGGCAACCUCCAAGAUAAAUGGAAUACAUCCGAGUUCUACCCUAUGACACUGAUUGCGGAGGCCUUUGGCAGUCUCCUCCGAGUCUGGGAUCGAGGCGAUCUUCCUGCCCUGCCCGUGACAUUUAUUACAGACUCUGUGCUGAUCACACUCUAUCAAAUUGUCGCGAGCAUCGUUAUGUGCCAAAACGCUAAUGGCUCAUGGGGCCCGGAGCAUUCUAACGAAGUCACAGCCUACGCCAUGUUGGCUCUGUGGAAGGCCUCGAUUGUCCCAGGCGCCAGCGAGCUGACGCAGCAGAUCCAGCGUGCUUUAAUUAAUGGCCGAAAGCACAUCCUGGCCACUACCUUGUGCGCUGAUUCCGCAACCGAGGCUGCCUAUCACUGGAUUGAAAAGGUGAGCUAUCGGUCGGUAGCACUCCUAGAAUCGUACGUGCUAGCGGCACUCAACCUGUCCUCUCAAGACCGACCGUUGCCGGAACUAUCAAAGCGUGGGCAAGAAUUAUCUCCAGUCCGACCCGUAGAUGCCCACCAGCUCAGCCUCGACUGCUUCGAUGCCCCGUUGUUUGGACCAGCGGAUGCGUGGAAACUCCAAGCGGCGUACAUCGAGAGUCGUCUGUUUGCUCCCUACCUGCGCCGCAUAGCUAACGAAAUUGUCCCCGGAAUGAUUGAGAAUGAUCCUGCGUUGGAGAUUAUCCCGUUCAUCUACACGGCCUGCAACUACGCAUCACGCCAGCCGUGCCACACAUUUGUCCUGCGUCAGCAAAUCGGAGCUUUGCUGAUCCAGUCACUCCUUGAGCGAUCGGCCUGUCAGGCGGCCUUCAGGGUUAGCAUGGCAGAGAUCCAGAACCAGACGAUGCAGGCUUUGACUCGUGCGAAAUCUAAGGGGUUGAUGACUCCCGCAACGCGGUCUAACCAGCAAGUGGUAUAA